GCUCUCUCCGUCCAGUCUCCCACCCCCGACCUCUCGUGUCCGCUGCGAAGAAAAGGUUGAGCACACACCUCACCUCACCUCCUCCCCCGAUCCCCCUCGCCUCCUUCCCCUUUCCCCCCUCACCUCUCUGCUCUUCUCCGCCGCACCAAUCCGCCCCCUCGCGAUUCGACCAGAUCGGCGCGAGGGCAUAUCAUGGCAUCGAAGCGGAUCCUCAAGGAACUAAAGGACCUGCAGAAAGAUCCUCCAACAUCAUGCAGUGCAGGUCCUGCUGGUGAGGAUAUGUUCCAUUGGCAGGCGACCAUUAUGGGUCCUCCAGAUAGUCCCUAUGCUGGUGGAGUUUUCUUAGUGAAUAUUCAUUUCCCCCCGGACUACCCCUUCAAGCCUCCAAAGGUAUCUUUCAAGACAAAGGUCUUCCAUCCAAACAUCAAUAGCAAUGGAAGCAUAUGCCUUGACAUUCUUAAGGAGCAAUGGAGCCCUGCUUUGACAAUUUCUAAGGUGUUGCUUUCGAUCUGCUCGCUGCUCACUGACCCCAACCCGGACGACCCUCUUGUCCCUGAGAUUGCCCACAUGUACAAGACGGAUCGUCCAAAGUAUGAGACGACAGCCCGCAGCUGGACCCAGAAGUAUGCCAUGGGAUGAUGAAACCCACAAGCCCUGAAUUCAAACCUGCUGCUUAAAUGCAGACAGUCGUGGUAAUUGUCCCAAGAAACUGUUUAUGGGCCAUUAUUUCCUCCGAUUUGUUGCUGCCAGUCGUGUGUGUCAGAUCCAUGUAGCAUCGUGUCUCGUAGCCCCAACAUCAACAUAUGAUCAUUGCCCGUCGAUAAUGAGAUAACAUAUGCUUGCCGUGAUUAUUA